AUCAGUAGUAAAUAUCACCGUCGGUUGCUGCUGCAUCGACCAUACAGUGAUUUACAACAUAUUGAAAAUACCUAAGAUCAACCGAAAUGACACCUUUACAGACCUCGACGACAUCGGUUCGACGGUGUUCCGUCUUGACGGCCACUCUACUGCUGUUGGUAGCGGUAGCCGCCAGUUUGCCAUCCGGCGCCCGGUCGUCCGCCAUACGUCCCGCGUCGUCCGCCGCAUCGACUGAUGCUGCCGCUUCCCCGUUAGUGCCAAGCAGUUGGCAAGGCGUUUCAGCCGUCCACGCUGACGUACCAGCAGAGGCCGAAGGAAGGGCCGUGGUGGUCAGGAAAAAAAGGACGUUGCUCAAACUCAAGCCGCUCAUUGUGUUGCCGGUCAAAGUCGCGUUGGGCACCGGCGCCAAGCUGGUGGCCGGGGCCAAGUUCGGAGCCAAAGCUGUCGGAUUGGGCUCAAAGGCAUUGGGCGUCAGUCUCGUUGGACUGAAAGCCGUCCAUAAGGUGGCCAAAGUGACGGUGAAGGCGGCCACCGCUUUGGGCGUGAAGGCGGUGCUGCUUAACUUUUUAUUCCAGAAAAUCAAUCAGGUGAUCGACUUUAAGACCCGCUUGCUGAGCAACCUUGAUCAACGCAACCGGCAGCAGAAUGCACAAUUCCUGUCUCCAGUGUUGCCCCAAUCCUCUUCGUCUUCGAAAUCGGGAUCGAUCGGAAACAAGGACAACGCCACAUCCAACGUCGUCGGUGCCGCAGCUUCCGUCGACGCUUCUGUCCCCGCACCGGGACUUCGUGGCAGCCCCUGAUGCCCCGGGUUUUGUCACGAAUGCGCCAUCAACAGCACCAGCAUUCGUACCCGGAUCAGACCUGAUCGCUUCGCCACCACCACCAUCACAACCCGGACUUUGAUGGACCACCAUCGGACUUUGUUGGAACUCCGACAAAUUUUGAUAGCGCUUCAUCAAGCUUUGGCGGUGCGCCUUCUGGAUUUCCCGCCUUCCAGCCGAGCUUUGCCUCCGAACCGUCGGGCUUUGCCGCGACAAACGACGACGGAUCACCAUCGUCAGAGACGUCGUUCUAAAAAUAUGCGUCCUCUCGUCAUCGUCAUACCGUCGUCUCCUCGAUCGCAUCGACACUUGCCAGCCACAACGCCAUAAUAAUAUAUGCCAUAAUCGUCAUUUAUAUAUAUUAUCCAUCAUCAUAUUAUCAUAAUCAUACAUAUAUACAUAUACGUAUAUAUAUAUAAUAUAAGUAUAGUCAUAAAUAGUAAUAUAAUUUGUUGAAGAGUACCUAUAGGUGGACUCAUAGGCACAAUUAGGAGAGAUUUGGGAGUUGGAAGUGAUUAGCUCCUUCAUAAUUUAUGCCAUUAGUGGACCAACUAAAAUAAUAAGGGUCUUCAGCAUCCCUAGUUUUUCAUUGAAAUAGGGAGUACAUAACAGUCGAGUCGUAAAUAUUUCAUUAACUCACACAUUGAUCAGAGUUAUCGCGGCCGUUCGACUGUAUAUACAACUUUUGGACGUAGGUUAAAUUUCAUGUACAUUCUAACAUUCUGCGUCAUCACUUAAACGAUGAUUAUCCGAGUAAAAAGAAAACCGAAGAUUCGUUUGAUUUUUGCAACCCUGAUCAAUUAUAUAACUUGAACUAAUUACUUCAAGGUAUGGAUUGAAUUAUUAAUAUCGCGUACAAUAGCUAUCACUAUAUGUGUAGUGAAAAUGUCAUGUGACAUUAAAACGAGUAUACUCUUACGUGAUAUUAUAUAACCAUUUUAAAUUAAAUUAUUGUUUACGUA